AUGGUGGAUAUUAGAAAAUCACUUUUUUUUAUAAUAUUUUUUAUUUUUUAUAAUUAUGUAAAUUCACAAAAAGCAAUAAAUUCGGAUGCAUUUUGCCAAAAGAAAACUAUAACAUCCAUAUGUGACCCAUAUUUAUUUAAUACAGAUUCAAUUUAUAUUUUUAAUUCAACAACAACACAAGAAAGUAUAGAAUUAGAAAUAAAACGUUUGUUGGGAUUUUUUUCAAUGCUCCCAUCAACAUGCCAAGUUCCAUCAACUUAUAGAUUAAUAUGUAAUCAAUAUUUCCAAACUUGUGUUCCAAUUUCAAAAACAGAUAAUUCAUCAACUAUAGCAAUUCCUUUAAGACCAUGUAGAGAAUCAUGUGAUUAUGGUAAUGGUAUUUGUGGAACUCAAUCAAUUACCCCAUGCACAGGUACAUUCACAGAACCAACAAUUUAUAAAUUUCCAGUUACAUCAAAUGUAUUUGAUCUUUCAUCAUUGGGUGGACCAAGUAAUUAUGAUUUACAAUGUUUAAAUAUUGAUACGAUGAAAGCAGGUAAUUUAAAUGGUACCUAUAUUUCAAAUAAUGAAACUGUAAUUGUUAAUCAAACAUGUGUUUAUCCUUUAGUUUAUAGAAAUUCAACCAAUAGAGAAGAUGAUAUUAAAAAAGGUUACCAAUAUCUUACCGAAACCUCCGAUUGUUUAUUACCCUGUCCAGUACCAUUCUUUACAGAGAAUGAAUGGUACCAAUUUAAAGAUUUAACAACAGUUACUGGUGUAAUUUCAUUUGUUUGUAUAUUUUUCAAUAUUUUCAUAUAUGGUUUUUUAAAUAAAAAACAUGAUAGACAUACAAUUGGUAUUUUAUGUUUAUCAUUUUCUUUAUGGUGUUGUAUGUUAUCAGAUUUAAUUGUCGCUUCAAGUCCAGAUUAUUCUUUAGUUUGUCCUGAACCUGGUAGAUUUGCAAGAAUUCAUGAUUCAAGAUGUGUUGCAAAUGGUAUAAUUUUUCAAUGGGGUGCAGUUUGUACAACAAUGUUUUGGUCAGCAAUGGCAAUUGAUUUAUAUUUAGUUAUUAAAAAAUUAUCAUUACCAGCAUUUACUGUUAAAUAUUUUGUUGCUGCAAUUUUUACUUUAGCUUUAUUAUUUACAACUGUACCAUUAGCUUGGGAUGAUUAUGGAUAUGGUUUUGGAGGUGUUGGUUGUUGGAUUAUGAGUAAUUCAGUUCAAAAUGGUUGUUUUUGGAUACCAAUGUUAAUAUGUUUAUUAAUUGGAGCAGUUUCAAUUUGUUUAAUUAUUUAUGAAAUUGUUAAAGUUUUUAAAAAUGUUGGUAGAUCAGGAAUUUCAAUUAUAUUAGCAAAUGCAAGAUUAUUUGGUAUAGUUUCAUUUAUUUUUAUAGAAUAUAUUUAUUUAUUUGUAUAUCAUUUUUGGGUUCAAGAAAAUACAGAGAAAUUCACACAAAAUAUUACAGAUUGGGUAAUUUGUGUUCAAACAACAGGUUCAUCAGAUGGUUGUCCAUUACCAAAAGCCGUACCUUAUGCAACUCAAUUUAUAUUUUUAUUUUUCUUACGUUUGUUAGGUAUUGAAGUUUGCAUUUUCUAUGGUAUUAAUUCUCGUUCAAAAAAUAUAAUUUUAGAAUCUGAUCUUGUGAAUAAUAAAUACUUUAAAGCAAUUCGUUCUAAAAUUUCAAGUGUUGGUGCAACUUCAACUACAAAGAAUAAUACUUCAACAAAUAAUACUUCUGAUCAAUUCAAUACUUCAAUGUUUAGUGUUGAAGUUUCAAAAAAUGGUGGUGAUGAUGAUGAUUUAUAA